AUGGCGACUUUGACGCUCCAAGAAAUCCCCUCCGAAGCCGCCUUCAACCAACACAUCUCCUCUGCCCCCCCUUCGCACCUACACGUAAUUUACUUCCACACUCCCUGGGCAGCGCCCUGCGCACAGACAAACACCAUUUUAUCCGCACUCGCGUCGACCUAUCCUUCGUCCCGCAGCUCCGAUCUCUCCUUCCUGUGCAUAAAUGCCGAAGAAUUGCCCGAUAUCUCGGAAAUCUACGAUGUGACUGCUGUCCCCUACCUGGUCGUUCAACGAGAUGGAAAGACGUUGGAGACGGUCAGUGGGAGCGACGCGAGCAAAUUGAGAGCAGCGGUGGAGAAACAUGCUGGCACUGGCUCCAACGCGGCGCACGUCAACGGCAAUGGGACGGCGAAUGUGCCACCCCCCUUGAAGGCGGAGCAACAGAGUCAAGCGCAAACGAACGGAAGUUCACAGCAGCCGACCUCGACAAAGGACCUGAGCUCCUAUGCGCCAAAGCCUUCGGAUUCGCAGACGGCGCCGGCAUAUUCGUCAGGCCUUGAAGCGAGAGAGGAGCUAAAUGAUCGAUUGGCGAAGUUGGUGAAAGCCGCGCCGGUUAUGCUCUUCAUGAAAGGAACCCCCAGUGCGCCGCAGUGCGGGUUUAGCCGCCAGCUCGUCAGCAUUCUGCGCGAGAAUCAAGUGAAAUAUGGGUUCUUCAACAUUCUCGCCGACAACGAUGUGCGCGAGGGCCUCAAGGUGUUUUCCGACUGGCCCACUUUCCCGCAACUGUAUACGAACGGGGAACUUGUUGGAGGGCUGGACAUUGUCCGAGAGGAGCUAGAAGCCGAUCCGGAUUUCUUCGCGCCCUAUCGGGCAACAGCCACCACCGCGUGA